UAGUCAACCAGAUCAUGGCCAGGUAUCUCCACGGUGAUGAACAGAAAAGCUCCUACAGUGGACGCUGAAGUGGCAAACCGUGAGCUAAGGAUGGAGAAUAAACUACAGCAGGAGAUCAUCAUGCAAGCAAGAAAAGUCAAUCAAAAAGAGGCAAAAUGUCAGAAAAAGAAUGCAGAGGAAGUACAGCAGAUGAAAGAACACAUAUCUAUAACUGAGAUGGGAAAUGCAAAGCUAAAGAAACACAACAACAAGCUGAGGAGAAAAAUAUCCAAGCUUAAAAAACAAAUUCGUUCGCAAAAUGGCGAGAAACCCCUGAUGACUGUAAUGAAACACCAAAGAAGAUAUGCUCUCCCUGCUAAGGUGACUCUGGACUUUAACACAGCCCACAGACGACUAAUUCUAUCUGAUAAGAGGACAGCAAAGCUAUCUGGGUGUCCUAGGAGUUCCCAUAAUCAGCAGCAGGCACUAGAUGGGCAGCCCGUUGUGCUGGGUAGAAAAGGCUUCACCUCUGGACGUCACUUUUGGCAGGUGGGAGUGAAUAACCAAUGGAAAAUUGGAGUCACAAGAGCCUCCGCACAGAGGACUGGCAACGUUACCCUCUUUCCGCAUCAUGGCUACUGGUGCCUGAGUCACUGGAAGCACUUCUCCGCUCUCGCUACACCCAUGCACCGUCUCCCUGAGGGCGCAGUGCCUAGGGAACUGGGUGUUUGUGUGGAUGUUGAUGAGAAAUGGGUGUCUUUUUACAAUGCUGAGUCAAAGGCUCACAUUUUUAGCUUCACUGACAUGGAUUUCAGGGAAGGUGAAGAGAUCUAUCCCGUGUUCUGCACGCAGGAUGAAAAGCAAGAUCUUAAAAUCAGAAGACAACCCAUUCUGCCUUGCCCUAUAUUUGUCUCAGAUAAGAAGACUGUCAAUACUGGCAGAACUGGGGACAAAUGUGUAUGAACAGACAUUCAAACACUAGCCAAACACCAAAACAGCUUUCUUUCACCUCAGGAACAUAGCAAAGGUGCGACCAUUCAUAAACCAAAAAGAUGCCGAGAAGCUAAUUCAUGCUUUCAUAUCAAGCCGGCUAGACUACUGUAAUUCACUUUUUGCUGGUCUUCCCAAGAAAACAACUGAAAGACUCCAGCUCAUUCAAAACUCUGCAGCCAAAACUAAACUAUUAACCAAAACUAUUAAGCAAAACUAAAAGGAGAGAACACAUUAGUCCUGUCCUAGCCUCUGGCUUCCUGUUACCUUUAUAAUUGACUUCAAGGUCCUCCUCCUCACAUACAAAAUGAUAUACAUUUUUAUUAUGUCU